UUGUCACUCGUAUCAACCAAAAUACGUAAUUUUGAUUCGCUCGAUAAUUUCAGAUUCUCAGUCGUUGCAUACGAUCACGGUCAUCCACCGAAACUCACUUUCGUGAAUGUUUCGGUGAUUGUUGAGGAUGUUAACGACAACGCACCCAGAUGUGCUGAACAAAUCCAAAAAGUAUCAUUCCUUUUGUUGCCAUUCUGCCAUAUGAAACACUGUUUUGUGCAAAUUCCGGAAGAUUAUCCAAAUGGUGCCCUUGUUACGUGUAUUGCUGCAUUUGAUGCAGAUAUCGGUGAGAACGCUCGUAUUACGUACGGUUUCGAUACGAUAUUCGACAAAUCCUCAUCGCAGUUGCCAUUUCGAAUUCAGCCUGACACUGGCUGUAUUUUUAUCGAUUCCACAGUUCCUCUCGAUUUCGAAACAAGACCACUGUACAAUAUUACUGUUGAGGCAAUGGACAACGGUCAACCAACGUUCAGCACUGUGUGCAGAUUGGUGGUCGAGUUGAUUGAUGUUAACGAGAAUGCGCAUCCACCAAUAUUCUCGGAUAUCGCGCAUGAAGCGAGUGUUUAUGAGAACCAGCCCAUCGGCACAGAGGUACUCGCGCUUCAAGCCACUGAUCCGGAUGAUUCUGUAUCACCAAUAAAAUAUUCGAUCGUUGAUGGUGAUGGCAUUGGGUAUUUCACUAUCGAUCCCACUGGUUUGUUCUAUUCUUGCUUACAUAAUCCUCUGUUGUUCUUUCGAAUUCGCGAGUAUUGUCUCAUUGACCGAAUACAAUCAUGGUAA